CCAACUCAGCAUGUACGUACCCUUCAAAUUCCAACCCCCCAAAACUCUGUAAUAUCAACUUGUUACUAUAUAUAUCUAAUUAAAGUUGUUCUCAUAUAUAUGUAAUACAUAUUCACUUAGAACCUAGGUAGGUAGCUGCAGAUGCUAGUGUGCUACUGGUGAAGAUGGACAAAACCAAAGCUGGUUUAGAAGGAUCUGAAUUUGGAGAAGCAAAAGUUAAGCAUCACAAGAAUAUGGACUACUAUUUGAAGGAUAUAAUGGGAGGGAUCAAAGUAUUCAAGGGAGAGAAGUUAACGAGCUUGAUGGUUUCGCAGUCACGAUUCUGCAGACUCAAACUGUUAGCAGCUGCAGCCACAACCAUGUUGCUACUCUGCGCCUGCGCUGUGCAGUACACCACACUCAGCGAUACAAUGAAGCCACGAGUGCUGAUAUUUCGUUCUUCUCAACAUUUUGCUCCUUCACAGAGUAGUACUGCUGAUAUUGAAAGGGAUUACGUGAACAAUGGAUUUCUCAUGGUCUCAUCCAAUGGAGGAUUGAAUCAAAUGCGAGCGGGCAUUUGUGACAUGGUAGCUAUUGCAAGGUUUUUGAAUGUCACGCUUAUAGUUCCCGAGUUGGAUAAAACCUCCUUUUGGAAUGAUCGGAGUCAGUUUGAAGAUAUAUUCGACGUGGAUCACUUCAUAGCAUCAUUGAGCGAUGAAGUCCGCAUAUUGAAAGUUCUGCCCCAGAAGCAGAGAAGAAGAAUAGAAAUCGCUUCCCUCUAUUCCAUACCCCCUGCUAGUUGGUCUAAUAUGACAUUUUACUACAACAGGGUUCUUCCUCAGAUAAAGAAGUACGAAGUACUGCAUUUCACUAAAACUGAUACAAGACUUGCCAAUAAUGGGAUCCCUGUGGAAGUUCAGAAAAUGCGCUGCAAAGCAAAUUAUGAAGCCCUGAGGUUCACUCCCCCAAUUGAGGAAUUGGGGAAGAAGAUUGUAAGGAUUCUGAGAGAAAUGGGCCCGUUCUUAGUUCUUCAUCUCAGAUAUGAAAUGGACAUGUUAGCCUUUUCGGGUUGUACUGAAGGCUGCGAUGACAAAGAAAUCGAAGAAUUGACAAAUAUGAGAUAUGCUUAUCCAUGGUGGAAAGAGAAAGUAAUUAAUUCCACCAAAAAAAGAAAAUCUGGGAAAUGCCCAUUAACUCCCGAGGAGACUGCUCUUGCACUGAGGGCAUUGGAUAUCGAUCCUAGUAUCCAAGUAUACAUAGCUGCAGGUGAUAUUUAUGGGGGAGAAAGAAGAAUGGCAUCUCUGAGAUUAGCCUUUCCACACAUAGUUAAGAAAGAAACAUUGCUGGAAGCCUCAGACCUUGAGCCCUUCCGAAACCAUUCGAACCAAAUGGCUGCAUUGGACUACAUUGUGUCACUGGAAAGUGAUAUCUUCGCUCCAACUUAUGGAGGAAACAUGGCAAGAGUUGUCGAAGGCCAUAGACGGUACUUAGGAUUCAGGACAACAAUUCGUCUCGACAGAAUGCUUCUAGUGAAUUUGAUAGACCAGUACAAGAAGGGUAGACUGAGCUGGGAUGAAUUUUCCCAGGCAGUGAAAACAGGACAUGCUGAUCGCAUGGGUAGCCCUACACAAAGAUUGGAGAUUCCUGGUAAACCCAAGGAAGAGGAAUACUUCUAUAACAAUCCACAGGAAUGUUUACCACCAAUUUCUACAAAACCAAAGAGGCUGUGAUGCACACGUUACAAUCAAUGGAAUGUUAUCACAGGCCAAAGAUUCCACUUCACUCCCUUCAAAAAAAAAAAAAAGAUUCCACUUCACUAGUCCAUCAGAGGACACCGUUCUUUCAACAGAACCACUGUAAAAUAAUUUUUGUUCUUGUUUUCCCUUCGUUUUUGGGUUGGGGUUGGAAGAAGGUAAUCUUUUCUCUUCUUUUCUUUUGCAAACAUAGUUUCGAUCAUAGAAGAGCUAAAGGUUCUUGCUGCUGCUGAUUCAUUCACUAUAUCUUGACAUUGCCAUGAGUAUCCACUAUCCAAUUAAUAUAAGACAAGCUUUUGAA